CCCUUUGACCUGAGCGGCAUGUCAACAAUCUCUUCCGGGAUCAUGCUACCUCGCAGCGGCUGGUAAUGAAUGCGUGAACGUUUAUAUUAGUUUUGGUUCGAUUGCAGUUCUUAGUUGAAAGGAAACGGUGUACGUGCAUAUUUACAGCCGGGAGGUGUACCGUGCACUGCUCGUGGCCAAACCGCCGUUUGUUAGUGGAACCUGCGUGUUAGCUGAAACAUGUCUGCGGAGGAAGCGGACAAAACAACCACCACUGAUGCGAGCGCAGGGGAUGAAGAGGAGGAAUGGCUGUAUGGAGAUGAGUCUGAGAGUAAAGAAGAGGAGGAAGAAGCUAAACUGAAUGCUGCAGUCGGUGCAUCUGCCGAUGCUUCCACAGAGGAUGCUGUUGCACAUGCUACUGGAAAUGGAGUGGCAUCUGAAACCACCGGUGAAGCUGCAGGGGAUGACGUGGAGAGCGAAAGUGACAGUGAUGACGACGACGAUGACGUCCGAGUCACUAUUGGAGACAUUAAAACAGGAGCGCCACAAUACACAACUUAUGGAGCUACUCCCGUCAACCUGAACAUAAAGACAUUAGGCUCCAGACCUUAUGGACAAGUGGCAGCAAAGCUGAAGGGCGUGGAUCUUGAUGCUCCUGGAAACAUUAAUGGAGCUCCAGUGCUGGAGGUGGACAUGGAGUCCUUUGAAGAGAAACCCUGGAGGAAGCCAGGCGCGGAUCUGUCGGACUAUUUCAACUACGGCUUCAAUGAAGACACGUGGAAGGCUUACUGUGAAAAACAGAAGAGGCUGCGUAUGGGUCUGGAGGUUUCUACGAUAGGAUCAGUGACCAGCAAGAUCACAGUUCAGCAAGGUCGUACAGGCAACGACAAAGAUCUCAUCUCCACACUGCCCGUUCAUACCUCCAAACCAGACUUUUCAUCUCCCGUCAACCUUUACAAGUCUGCCGUCAGUCAAGUCCCCAGAAAAAGUGGGACCAUUGAUGUGAUCGGUGGACAAACAGCCACUAUCAGCAGGGUGGAAGGCCGUCGCAGACCCAACCUAGAGGGCAACAAUAUCCAGGUGAUUUCUGAACACUCUACAUCAGAGGCUGAACAAACGCCAGCUAAGAUGCCCACCUUCUUCCCACCUGGGCCGCUGCCUCCAAACAUUCCCCCUCCUCCAUUUCUCCCUCCUCCACCAAACGUCAGCACUGCUCCUCCACUCAUCCCUCCACCCAGACUGCCCAUUACUGUACCUCCUCCUGGUUUUCCUCCUCCAACAAGUGGGCCUCCACCUGCCAUUAUCCCCAAGAUGGACAGUGGUCACCCUGGAGGUUAUGAUGGAAGGUCAGUCCCUCCAUACCCAUUCCCUCAAGGAGCUUAUCCUCCACCCAUGUCUGGAGGUGUGCCUCCGCCCUGGCCCCCAAUAAUAGACAACUCUAAACCCUGGGAUUAUUAUUCCCGUCGGGACGAGAAAAGAGACAAGGAAAGAGAGAGGCCAAGAGAGAGGACUCAUGAGCGGGACAGAGAGAGGGAGCACAGUCCCUCAGGCAUGAGCUACACCAGCGAUGAAGAACGCUAUCGUUACCGUGAGUACCAGGAGCGGGAACGCCAUCGUGAGCGGUUGAGUCGAGAAAAAGAAGAAAGACACAGAGAGAGGCGGCACCGAGAGAAGGAGGAGGGACGCCACAAGUCUUCCCGCAGCAGCAGCAGUCGACGGAGGCACGACAGCGAGGAGGGUGACAGCCAUCGAAGGCACAAACACAAGAAGAGUAAGAGGAGCAAGGAGGGCAAGGAGGCCAGCGAGGAGAUGGGUGCAGAUCAGGAGAACCAGGAGGCCAUGGAGUAGUGAUUGCUUCCUUCACUUCCCCUUUUUCUCUUCUCUUUCUCCUCCUGUGAUUCUUUGUCCAUUUUGGUCCCCUUUGUCUCUUUUUGUCCCUUCAUUCUGUCAUCAGGAUGUUAAAGAAAAGUGCAAUAAGCACAGACCAGCAAAACCAGAGCUGCGCAGUGAUCGAUGUGUCCUAUCAUUGCCCCUCACAUUAUUCUCCACCCCCGCCCCCCACCUCCCUGCUGUUGUCCAUUCUGACCAUCAUUUCAGGGAAGAGGUGGAGGAGGAAUGUCUGCCAUCUAUUUCAUCAUUUUUCCUCCACUUGCUGGCAUCAACCUUCAACCACCUCAUUUCUCCCCGUGCCGUUGUUUCAAAGCACGGCUGCAGUAGUGCAGUCACACUGGGGAAGAUUUAUUUAGGUUCAUUUAGGAAGAUAAACAGAUUCCUAACUUCUUUUUUUCCUCUGUCAGUUGGCCUUGUUUGUUGUCAUGUUCUCCCUGUACUGUAUGAAUCUUGUAGAGAACUGUGAGAUUAAGUUCAAUUAAAACAGUUUGAUAAAAUUG